AUGAACGUCCAGAGAGUCGGUCUGCGGGCGCUGCGCCAAGUCGCGGCUAAGCCCAAUGCCCUCCCCCGCCUUGCGAUGGCUGGUGUCCAGACCCGCGGCGCCUCAACCCAGAAGCUGUCCAUCACCGAGGGCCAGCAGGUCCUCGCCUCGCAGCGCCUCCAGCGCCCCGUCGCCCCGCACAUCACCAUCUACGACUACAACCAGAUCUGGCUCGGCGCCUCCAUCUGGACGCGCUUCACUGGCAUGUUCUUCGGCGGCGGUCUGUACGCCUUUGCCCUCGCCUACCUCGCCGCCCCCCUGACGGGCAUGCACCUCGAGUCGGCCUCGCUCGCCGCCGCCGUCGCCGCCUGGCCGGCCGCCCUCAAGGUCUCGGUCAAGUUCCUGACCGCCUGGCCGUUCGUGUUCCACUUCAUGGCCGGCGUGCGCCACAUCGUGUUCGACUUUGCCAAGGGCUUCUCCAAGAAGCAGAUUAGCACCAGCGCCUGGGGUAUCUGGGGCGCCAGCUUGGGUGCCUCCAUCGCCCUGGCUUUUGGCUUUUAA